AAAAUUUUCUGACCCAACUAAAAAUAGACUUAACCAGCUGGACUAAAAAUGAGCUGAUUCAAAACGAGCUGGUUCGAGCCGGCUCGUUUGACAUCCUAGGGCCUCGGUAUGACCAUUAAAAGCUAAAGAUUAAAUUGUAAAACUUCAGCGAAAUUUAAAUCCAAAAUCCAAUUCUCAAUCUAUUUCCUGAACCGAAGUCUCGUCAGCAAGAACCACGAAGUAACGUUCCACUUCAAAAUCCGAAACCUUGAAGGGCAACAAAGCUGGUGUUGUCGAAAACACACACCGAGUCGAGGAUUUACCGCCUGGGCAUUUUCACAAACACCUCAUCUGCAGUACUGAAAAUGCGUGGACUCUCUAUAAUAAGAUCAAGGUUGUUGACUUACAAGGGUUCUGCAAGUGCCCGUUUGAGAUCGGCUUGUAUUUCGCCGAACUGGAACAUGAAUCGUAUCGUUGAAACAUCUUUAUGUUCUAUCCCAGAUUGUAAGCUUCAAUUGUUUCUCUGCUCUUUCUUCUCUAGUUCUGAAACUGUUAGCCGGGCUAAUUCAUUGAUUCCAGAAUCUGUGGGACUUGAUCGCAGUACUGGACAAAACCGUCUUGACAACGAGGAAGAUGAUGAUAAAAGCGAAGAAGAUGAUGAUGACGACGACAAUCUCGUUAUGGGGAAAUCUGGGUUUACAAGUGAUGAGGGCCUUUUAGCGGAUUUAGAAAGAGUUUUGGUUCUAUUGAAGGCUUGUGGGAACAAUCGGGCUGAAAUGAGAAGCAAGCUUGAUCAAUGCGAUGUGAAGCCGUCAUCUGAGUUAGUGGUGGAGGUUCUUUCUCGGGUUCGUAAUGACUGGGAAACUGCAUUCACUUUCUUUCUGUGGGCAGGGAAGCAGCCAGGUUAUGUUCGUUCAGUUCACGAAUAUCACUCUAUGAUCUCAAUUCUGGGUAAGAUGAGGAAGUUUGAUACAGCUUGGACAUUGAUCGAUGAGAUGAGAAGGUGCAAUCCGUCUCUUUUGGCCCCGCAGACGCUGUUGAUCAUGAUCAGGAAAUAUUGUGCGGUCCAUAAUGUUGGGAAGGCCAUCAACACGUUUUACACAUACAAAAGAUUCAAGUUUGAUCUGGGCAUCGAUGAUUUUCAGCAUUUGCUUUCUGCCCUUUGCAGAUAUAAGAACGUCGAAGAUGCCGAGCACUUGAUGCACUGUAAUAAGGCCACAUAUGCUUUCAGCAUCAAAAGUUUCAACAUAAUUCUGAACGGGUGGUGUAAUGUGAUAGGUAACCCGCGCGAGGGCGAACGGGUAUGGCAAGACAUGGGAAAGAGAGGCAUCAGACAUGAUGUUGUAUCUUAUGCAAGCAUGAUUUCAUGCCACUCAAAAGCUGGUAACUUGAAUAAGGUUUUCAGACUAUUUGACCAGAUGAAGAAACACCGUAUCGAGCCUGACAGAAAAGUCUACAUUGCCGUGGUUCACGCUCUCGCAAAAGCCGGGUUUGUAUCGGACGCCACGAAUCUGAUGAAAACGAUGGCGGAGAAAGGUAUCGAGCUAGAUGUGGCUGCUUACAACUCUCUCCUCAAGCCUCUCUGCAAAGCUAGGAAAACCGACGAGGCUAGAAGGAUCUUGAAUGAGAUGGUGCAGAAGGGAAUUUCCCCGAAGAUUAGCACAUACCAUGCAGUUAUACGGGUUCUAAGAACAGGGGAAGAGGUUUUCGACCUGUUGGAGGAAAUGAGGAAGACGGAGUGUAAACCAAACAUAGACACAUACACAAUGCUGAUACGGAAAUUAUGCAGAUGGCACGAUUUUGGUAAUGUGUUUAGAUUGUGGGACGAGAUGAAAGAAACCGGGACUGGUCCGGAUCGUAGCUCAUACAUUGUGAUGAUUCAUGGGCUUUUUCUGAACGGUAAGAUAGAAGAAGCAUACGGGUAUUAUACGGAGAUGAAGGAAAAGGGUUUGGAGACGGAUAAGAAAGUGGAAGAUAUGAUUCAGAGCUGGUUUUCGGGGAAGCAAUUUGCGGAGAAGAGGAUGAGAGAUUUGGAGAGAAGUGAGACUGAAUGCUUGAAAACAGGUUUAGAGGGCAGAAGCUUCCGGAAGCUGUCCGAAAGAGAAGAGAACUUUCUCCGGCAGCCUCAGGUGAGACGGGUUGUAAGAGAACGAGGAUUUUCGUUCUGGGAAGAGUAGGAGAGUUCGGGUUCGGUUUGGUUAUACUAAAUCUCAUCGUGUCCAAUGCAAGAUGACUGAUGAUGAUGAUGAUGAUGAUGAUGAUGAAUGAUGAUGUGGAUUUGGUCCACGUGGGUUUCUUGUCAUGUCUUGUGCAAUGAGACGUUUGUGGGACUAAUUGGAAUGUUUAAAGUAAUAAACACAAAAUGAGUGAAGUUGUGAUAGUAAUAUUUGGAAAUAUUUGAUAUUUGUUUUAUACUGACAUUUAUUUUUCAUUUCAAGAUUACAAAACAUUGUUCUCCGUUGUAAAUACAUGUAAU